GUUGUAGUUCAGCGUAGAAAUCUAAUAUCGAGGGCCCCCAAGUUCAUUGGAACCACCAAAGUUUUCCAUUGUAUCUAAUUCUGUUUAGUUACAAGUCUGCAAAAUCAAUGGCUUCAUAUUCAUUAUAUUGCAGAACUAAGGAGAGUUCAAUAAACACAAUUCCAAGAAAAUUUGUUUUCCUAUAUAUGUUGAAUUUUAAUUAUUUGGGACAUAAAUCUGAGGCCUCUUUUAUGUCUGUAUCCAUAUUGCAGGUUAAGAAUGAAUCAGGUAAGAAGGUUGAAACCUAGAUGUAGCAUUUUGGGUCUCCCAGCUCUCAAAUUCCAGGUGUCAGUCCAGGAAGAUUAGGAGGUGCCAAGUAGUACAAGGCAAAAAACAUUGGAUCUGAAACGAUUAGACUGUAUACGUCAGUUAUUGCAUGUAAUAAAGAGAAUGAAGCAAAAGCCAGAAAGUACUUGUUGAAUCAUGUAAAGAUUAGAGUAUUGGACUACCACCUGUCGACGGUUUAGGCUGUGAAAAAUACCCAUUUAGACACGUGGCUUGAUAUCCUUUGCAUGAAAACAGAUGUUUUGUUCUGGGGAAGACAGAACAUCUUAGAGACUUGCAAGAAUUCCAUGAAAACCCAUACAGGCUGCCGUUGCUAAGCCUCUAGUUUCUUUCACAUUUGAAUCUUCACUCGUCUUUGUUUAGAAUCUGUAGCUUUGGUAUUGAGGGUAAAAAGGAAGGAAAAUCAUGAAGCUUCAUGAAAAGAGGUCUCAUUCUCAUGCACACGGAACUGGUGAUGAAGAGAAAAUCAUGACAAGAAAGCAGAAAGCAGACCAGUUGAAAAGCAAUGAAGGAAAUGAAUCUCCAAAGAAACCCAAGGUGGAGGCUGAUAAUGAUCAACAUAAUGGAAAAGCUACAACUGAGGUGGCUAAAGAGUUUGAGGAGUUUUGUAAAUCUGUGAGGGAGCACUUAUCUGUUGCACAAAUGAGGGAAAUCCUUGAAGCUAAUGGCCAGGAUUCAUCUGGUUCUGAUGCUUCUGUUGUCAUCAAAUGCCUCGAUAUGCUGUUCUAUGGACCAUUGGAGAAGUGCCAAAUCUGCAAUGGGGAUUUGGAGUUUGAUGGCAACCGCUAUUCAUGCAAGGGAACUUACAGUGAGUGGUCCUCUUGUGUAUACAAAACAAGAAGUCCAGCAAGGAAGCAAGAACCAUUCAAAUUGCCUGAUUCUGUCCUGAAUUCACCUGUUGCUGGAUUGGUAAAGAAGUACGAGGAUCCAAAACUCCGGCCUCACCGAUAUGUAGGGGUCACUGACAAACCUUUCUUGGGAAUGAUGAUUUCCCUGAUGGGCCGGCUUAGUCGCACACAUCAAUACUGGAAAACCAAGAUAGAGAAACAUGGAGGGACAGUCUCCAACUCAGUCAUUGGUAGUUGUUUACAUCAUUGCAGAGUUUCAGAUCUUAUGGUUCCUUCUCUUGUUCUCUUGUUUAUUGCUUUGAUAAAAUGCUUUUGUAAAACUCUGGGGGCAGGUGUAACUUGCUUGGUUGCUUCUCCUGCUGAACGAGAGCGUGGGGGCUCAUCCAAACUGGUAGAAGCAAUGGAAAGAGGGGUACGAGUGGUGAGUGAAGCUUGGUUACUUGACAGCAUUGAGAAGCAAGAAGCACAGCCAUUAGAAGCUUAUGACAUAGUUACAGAUCUUGCUGUUGAUGGCAAAGGAAUUCCAUGGGAUAAACAAGUUCCUGAAGAACAUGCAAUCGAAUCACUUUCAGCUGAACUCAAGUUGUAUGGAAAAAGAGGAGUCUACAAGGAUACCAGAUUGCAAGAGCAAGGUGGCCAAAUAUUUGAGGAAGAUGGGAUAUUAUACAACUGUGUCUUUUCGCUUUGCGACCAAGGAGGAGCCAUUAAUGAGUAUUGCAUUAUGCAACUGGUCAAAGUACCAGAUAGUAACCUCCACUUGUACUACAAGAAAGGGAGAGUAGGGGAUGAUCCUAAUGCCCAGGAGCGGCUCGAGGAAUGGAAGGACGUAGUUGGUGCUGUGAAGGAGUUUGUUAGGCUGUUUGAGGAAGUAACAGGAAACGAAUUUGAGCCAUGGGAAAGGGAGAAGAAGUUUCAGAAGAAGCCACUGAAAUUUUAUCCCAUAGACAUGGAUGAUGGGGUUGAUGUGAGAUGUGGAGGACUUGGCCUGAGACAGCUAGGUGUUGCAGCAGCACAUUGUAAACUUGAACCGAUGGUUGCGAACUUCAUGAAGGUUCUUUGCAGUCAGGAGAUUUACAAGUAUGCGCUGAUGGAGAUGGAUUUAGAUGCCCCUGAUUUACCAAUGGGGAUGCUCUCUAAUGUUCAUUUGGAAAGAUGUGAAGAGGUUCUACAAGAGUUUAUAGAAAAAGUGAAAUCAAUGAAAGAAUCUGGACCUAAAGCAGAGGCAGUUUGGUCAGACUUUAGCCAAAGAUGGUUCACUCUGAUGCAUUCUUCCAGGCCCUUCAUCUUCAGGGACUAUCAAGAGCUUGCAGAUCAUGCUGCAGCAUCAUUCGAGUGUGUUCGAGACAUUGUUGUGGCAUCCCAUAUGAUUGGACAUAUGGGUGAUGAUACUCUUGAUGACCCAUUGUCUGAUAGAUACAAGAAAAUAGGAUGCUCAAUUUCUCCACUGGAUAAAGAUUCCGAGGACUACAAGAUGAUCCUCAAUUAUGUGGAAAAAACUUAUGAACCUGUCAAGCUUGCAGACAUUGAAUAUGGGAUCUCAGUUGAGAACAUCUUCAAUGUGGAAACUAAGGAAGGCCCCUCGUUUGAUGAAGUAAAAAAGCUGCCAAACAAGAGACUCCUGUGGUGCGGUACUCGGAGCUCGAACCUGUUAAGGCAUUUGCAUAAAGGCUUCCUGCCAGCAAGCUGUUCUCUACCAGUUCCAGGAUAUAUGUUCGGGAAGGGCAUAGUUUGUUCUGAUGCUGCAGCAGAAGCUGCCAGGUAUGGCUUCACUGCUGUAGACAGGCCUGAAGGGUUCUUGGUUCUCGCUGUGUUUUCACAAGGUGAAGAAAUUAUGGAGCUCAAGAACCCACCGGAGGAUACUAAGCCAUUGGAAGAGAAGAAAGUGUGUGUGAAGGGACUGGGGAGAAAGAAACCAGAUGAAUCAGAAUAUAUAGAUUGGAAAGAUGAUAUCAAAGUCCCUUGUGGCCGUUUGAUCCCCUCAGAACACCAGGAUAGCCCUCUCGAGUAUAAUGAAUACACAGUCUAUGAUCCCAAACAGGUGAGCAUGAGGUUCUUGGUCGGAGUGAAGUUUGAAGAGAAGGAUACAGUGAUGGACGCCCAGGAUUGAAGGAGGGGAAUUCGAGAUAGGGUUUUCUGAUCGUUUUUGUAUAGUUUCACUGGACUUUUGGAAUAUGGGAUGGUGGGGAAGAUGGUUGUUAAAGUAUGGGGGGACGUGGUCAUGUAAAGGGAUGUUCAUGUCUUUUGUUGUACAUAAUCAUCUCAAACAUCUCUGAUGAUAAGAGGCAGAUAAAGAUACAGUAAAAACUUCCCCUAUAUUUGAAUCUGUUUUCACAGUUAAA